AUACCCAUACAUUUUAAUUAAGUAUUGAAAUGUUAUAAAGUAUGCAGACAAGGGAUUCUGAUAAUUUCCAAGAUAGGUUUAAAUUACAGUCCUUCGUAACGGUAUCAAUUUUAAUCUCGUUCAAAAUGAAAUAUCAGGCUUUGUGUUCUCGUAAUGACGAUUUACCUAUUGAAACAUAUAAAUCAGAACGAUCGAAAUCACUUACUUACUAUAUAGUUACUCGUAAGUCCAAAAAUGAUACCCACGUCAUAUAUACUCACUCAUAUACGUCACAAAUAUAACCCGUUUUUUUCAGAUUAUUAAUUUUAUAACCACGAAAGAAGUGGUAACUUUUUUCCUUCAAAAUUAAAUCUGAGUAACUGCAUUAAAUCGUGUCGUUCACAUAUUAUUGUACCGCAAUAUCAGACAUAGGAAUUAUAGCAUUUCGGAAGAAUAAGUUAAUUACCACUACUUUUGAGGUUAGAAAAAGUCUAAUCUUAAAAAAACGGAAACCUAUACUUAGAGCAGAUGGAUUCCAUGCCAUCAUGCGAAAGGGUGUGCUUCAACCUUGAGCAGGAUACGGGACGGCCCCAAUAGCAUCUUGAACAUGGGUUCAGAAACGUGGGACAGUCUUCUAAUGAGACACUGGCUUUGUCUGCAUGCGCCAGUUCCUUAUGUAACGGUUCAUAGGCUAAGUUAGAUUUGUUAUAUUUAUUUUUUAGUUUUAUUGUAUUAUUUAGUUUUAUAAAUAAUAUUAACUCUAAUUUUAAGUAGUUAGUAAUAAUGAUGCUAACCCCGCUGGACUUAUGUCUGAAAUAAACGAUUUUUACUUAUUUUUUAUUAUUAUUUAUACAUAUAGCCAGCGGUAGGUAUAAAUAUUUUGUAGAGUAGGUAUUAGGGUAAAUGAUUUUUGUUAAAAACUCAUGUUAUAAGUGAAUUCAGCCCUCAUAUGUUUGGAGUACCUACAGCAAUAGCACGAUUAGGUAAUCUAGGGUUAUGAGUUGUGAAAUAAAAGUGCCGCCGCCGCGACCAUGGCAGUGAGCCGACAUACAAAGUUUAUAUUCUCAGUUUCGCGCGGGCUUGCGGGCGAAUCGGCAGUGGCUCGCUCUGCCAUAACUAAGUACGGAACGACUAAGUUACAGUGCUUAGCAACAAGUGUAAUCUAUAUAUAUAUAUAUAUAUAUAUAUAUAUAUAUAUAUAUCAUUUACAUGUAUACUUAGUUGCUAGUAAUAAAAGCGUAUAUUUUAAUUUGAUUUUACCAAAUCAUUGCGAACUGGAAGAAAACGUAAACAAAGUUUUGGAGUUCAUUUAAUCUUUUUUGUUAUGGAUUUCGCGGAAAAACUCCUCGUGAAAAAAACAUUUUAAAAUAAAAGCAGAUUUUUAAAAGUAAUGUUUCUUGAAUGUGCAUCUAAUUUAAUGCAAUUAGAAACAUGGCGGUGGACGUGGAAGCAUCGCCGAAUAUAACACAAACGCUCUCCACCCUCCUACAGGAAAUGUUUAGAGCGACCGACGAUGCAGACAAUAAUCGCACAACCGUUGAUCUAUCCCAGUUUCUCUCCGCAAUGAAAGUACAAACCCGGAAUACCACACACGAUCAUCUUGAUUUUGGAGCGAUAGUUAAGUUGGUAGAUGGGUUAAGGAACAAGCUGAACUUGACAAAAUCUUCGGAAGUUUCCUGCAAUUACUGUUCCGGCAGCUUCCGCGAUGUCGUACUGGCAUAUAACGGCAUGCAUGGAUACUUUAGCCUUUUUGUUUGUUUCUUUGGUAGCCUGGCAAACGCUCUGAACGUUGCGGUGUUGACGCGGCGCGACCUGGCCGCGGCGCCAAUCAACCGGCUGCUCAAGUGGCUGGCCGUGGCUGACGUGUUCGUCAUGCUGGAGUACGUGCCCUUCGCCGUCUACAGGUACCUGGUUUUACCGGGGCAACGGGAAAUGCCGUAUAAGUGGGCGGCGUAUCUUUUGUUCCACAUGCAUUUCGCACAAAUCUUCCACACGGCUUCCAUAUGCCUCACGUUGUCCCUCGCUAUGUGGAGAUAUGUUGCUAUCAAGUAUUCGGAUAUGAGUCACAUUUUAUGCACAGAGAGGCGAUGCAGCACAGCCAUACUAAGCAGUUUUAUUUUACCGCCUAUACUCUGUAUUCCGACGUAUAUGGUGUUUGACAUACAUACGGCUGUUGUAUUGGAGCCGACGGGCCCCAUGGUUCUGUACCACGUUGACGCUGAUCAAGAAGGAAAACUCUAUCAGAUCAACUUUUGGGUGCACGCAGUGGUUAUAAAAUUGUUACCUUGUUGCAUCUUGACAGUGAUCAGUCUAUGGUUGAUACGUGAAGUGUACAGAGCGAACCAGCACCAAAAAAAAGUCAGAGUUUAUUCGGCAUGUCCGACUAAUAGUAAGAUGAUGAAGAGGCAGUAUAAAGCAGAUAAGCGGACGGAUAGGACGACAAAGAUGCUGGUAGCGGUUUUGCUGCUUUUCCUGGUGACAGAAGUACCGCAAGGCGUUUUGGGUUUGCUGAGCGGUGUGCUGGGGCGCUGCUUCUUCAAGCGCUGCUACGACCUCUUUGGGGAGCUGAUGGACGCGCUGGCUCUGCUGAAUGGUGCCAUCAACUUCGUGCUCUACUGCUCGAUGUCACGCCAGUUCCGCAUGACAUUCGGCCAGCUCAUGUGGCGUGCACAUCUGCACCGCUGGCCCCCACCAACUGCGUCGCAUUCCGAUGGCCAGACCACAGCCAAAACUUCGGUUCCGUGAGGGAAGAUCGUACAAGAGAAACGAGCAAACAUCUUGCAACAAUUUCUGUAAAUAUUUUAUUACCUAGUCUUUAUAAAACUAGUCAUUUACUAUAAUUCUUUGUCUAAGUAUAUUAUAUGGAUUCUAUGGCUGAAGGGCAAAUAAAAUUAAUAUUUUUAUUAUUACUAACAAAUUUUUAAGAGAUACCUAGACUUAAUGGGUAAUUCUCAGAAAAAGUUAAUAUCGAUUCAAAAGCUGUCUGAUUACUUCUUUAAUAAUAACCUUGGUCUGGUGGAUAUAUUAUUAGAUCAGAAACUAUACUUGGUACGAGUAAUUAGAUUUAUUUUGGACAGAUCUCAAUAUUCCUAAAACUUAUUAUACAACAGAUUAUAAAAAUUCUUAAAAGUGACAACCAAGCAGAUUUAAAGAGUGAUAACGCAAAUUUAAAAAUAUUUAUUUAAAAUUGUAUUAUUUUCUUUCUUUUAGAGUGUCUAUUAUGUA